AUGAAAGUCGCAUACAUAAUCUACGCGGUCUUAUUGGGACUUUCGGCCAGCAAUGCCAAACGUUUGGUGGGCAAACUCACCAACCAAAGAGAUGGUAAUCAGGGGCGAGUAGUGGGAGGUGAAGUAGCUGAGGUGGGCUUUGCCAAAUAUCAAAUAUCGCUGCAAGGCAUGUUUGGUGGUCACAUGUGUGGUGGAGCCAUUAUAUCAGAUCGUUGGGUUUUGACCGCAGCUCAUUGUGUUUUCGGCUACAACCCACCCUAUCUACGUGUCAUAACUGGUACCAAUGUUUUCUAUGAACCCGGUGCCACCUACGAGGUACAAGAAUACUGGACUCACUGCAACUAUGAUAAUCCUGCGUUUCAUAAUGACAUUGCCUUGAUGCUGCUGACCAAACCGAUUGUGUUCAAUGAACGUACUCAACCUAUUUCACUGCCGGUAAAACCUCUUAAAGAUGGCGAUGAGUUAAUUCUAACCGGUUGGGGUAGUACUGAGUUUGGCAGUGAUCUUUCCGAAAAUCUGAUGAAGCUACAUACGAAAUUCAUCACCUACAAGAAGUGCUAUGACAGUUUUGAUGGCGAAAUGCCCGCAAUGACUGAGAUGUUGGAUGUUGGUCAUGUUUGCACUUUUACUCGUGAUGCCGAAGGUUCUUGCCAUGGCGAUUCCGGUGGUCCCUUGGUCAGCAAUGGCUACUUGUACGGUUUGGUUAACUGGGGCAUGCCUUGUGCCAUUGGCUUGCCAGAUGCCCAUGCUAAUGUCUUUUACUACCUUGAUUGGAUCCGCAAGGUAAUGAGUGGAAAUUGUCGUUCCUGCCAAUGCUAUGCCAGUAAUUAUCCCUUUAUCACAAAGACAAGGGAUGUCGAAGAACCACUUAAGGUUUAAAAACUAAAUUGUGUUAUCAUUUUUUAUUUUAUAUAAUUUUUUUUUUUUGAUAAUAAAGUUUGGUUUAAGUUUG